AUGGUCCAGCUCGUCCAGUUCUCCAUGCUCGCCGCCAUCCUCCUCGGCUUCUCCACCGAGGUCUUCGCCAAGCACAGCAAGAUGGGCUCCAAGGCCAAGUCCAUCGUCGGGAAGAACGACAACUCGGACAAGACCUUUGUCAAGAUGUGCGAGACCCUCGUCCACAAGAAGGGCCGCCUCAUGCGCACCCGCAAGCAGAAGAAGGCCAUGAAGGCCCUGUGCAACGAGGACAAGGACAACGGCAAGGCCUGCAAGAGCAAGAGCGAGAUGAAGCGCUACCGCAGCGCCUGCAAGGAGUUCUACAAGAAGGGAACCCUCGACACCAAGAAGAUCAAGAAGUCGGACAAGAAGCUCCUCCACGACAUUAAGGAGAUCAAGGCCUAG